AUGCCGGGCGAUCGUGCGAAAUCUUCGCUUCGAAAGAAGACGCACUGGGUUAUUCGUGAUCGGAAGAAGUUUGAAACGCGUAUAUUCGACGCAAAGGCUUAUAUUGAUAGCUUGCAAGAGAUCACCAAGAAUCUACACGCUCAUACCAUUCAGCAUCAGCAAGAAAUCAUGACCUCGGGUAUUCGAAGGAUCGACGACACUAGAGCUUUGGAAUGGCUCUCGGAAGUGUGUGGAGUCGAUUACCCAGAAUUAUCGGAUGCUGCUACUUCAAAGGCGGAGACUAUCACGCAAGUCAGCGUCGCUGGUAAUGAGCUUCAAGAUCAGCGGGCCAUUAAGGGAUUCAUGAGCGAGAAUGACGAGGAUUCCGAUACUCUGAGUUUGAACUCUGUCAUCACCAGCUUGGAGGAUAUGACUGUCACCGAAUCAAAGUAUGAGCUUUCCACAUUUCGUUUGCGAGCAAAACGGAGAGCAAAGGAAGCGACAGCUCGUGGCCAAAAAAUCCAAGAUGAACCUGAAAAAUUACCCUAUGAUGAUGAAUCAGAGGAAGAGUGGAAUUCAGUGACCACGACAAUUCAAAAUCCCAGUCAACAAGGGAGUGAAAACAGAUCUAGUCGCGUGGCAGAUACAACCAAAGCUUCCACAGAUGAAGAAUUUCAUGAAGAAAUGGUUGCUGUUGUGAGAUGGUUCACAGCGCUAUCUCUCGAGGAAAGAGAUUGUUCAUUACUCCGUUUGGAGCGACAAUUUGAACAAUAUACCGCAUUAGAGGAAUACAAUGGGGGCUUACUAGAGAGCUCUGCGAGUCAACCAGAAGAAGAUGCCAGCGACGGGCACAUGGCAGAUAUGAUCAGAGCCAUCGAAUGCGAAGAAUUCCGAGACGAGGCGAAAGCAAUAUUAUCGUGGUUCAGAGUGAUUUCUCACGCAGAGAGAGCCAUGACGCUCAUCCGUCUCGGGGAGUCUUUAUUCAUCGAUCCGUACCGUAUAACACUCUCUACAAGUCAAAAGCAGCGAUGGUUUGAACAUUGGUCCAAGUUCGACACGACACCAUUAGAUCUCAGAGGGUGGCUGGCGAAACAAGGCGAUAAAGAAUUCGCAGAGAACCCAGAAAAGUUCAUGGAGUUUAUGAUACACGCUUCCCAGCUUCAGAAAUUUCGAGAGGAGACGGAUGCACCGAUGGCGUGGUUUACGCUGUUACCUCCAACCGAGAGCGCUGUUGCUUUACUACGUCUUAGAGAGUGUCUGUCUACUGAUCUCGAUCGAUUGAUACUCUCUUUGGAUCCGACGCAUCAGAAUCAGGAUGGCAAGCACCGUACCUCGUCCCAAGAAUCCGGGGUGACGCAUCAGCAACUAGCAUCAGAGUUCCAACCGACUCCCUGGGACGAGUUGAAAGGCCGCUCAAAGACAAAUAUAGCCCGAUAUUCAAACAUCCUACCAAACCCGGCAAGGUGA